CGUUGAAACUUUAAUAAUAAUUAAAAAUAAAAGUAAUUAUUUAUCAGCUUAGUAUAUAUGCGCUUAUAUCAAAUUGCAAUAUUAUUUUUCGUUGUCAAGGGAUGUGAUUAAAGUGAAAAUUCCAAAUCGGACAUAAAUUGGUGUUAUUAUUUUUUGUGAUUUUAUGGGUCUUUAGACUUUUUGUUUUAAAGACUAUAGACCAGUUAUCCGUAACGAAAUAAGUUACUAUACAAUUCAGCUGAUAGUAAAAAUAGAAAUAUUAACAUUUGAAAGAGGCUUAUUUGUGUACCGAAAUAUUACUUGCCCGCAGGCAUUGACGAGGCCUAAGAUGGAGCGAGCUCGCCCAGAAGGCGCCUGUUCACUCUAGUCACCCUAUUGACUAUGUCAAUCUGGAAUACUCGAUAAAUUCUGUUUGUCUUAAGACAAAAGCUGUGAAUAGUUGACAAGUCAGUUUAAGUGCAAAAAUGUAUCCAAAUGGUAAAUAUAAAGUGACGGACUGUGAGAAAAGUGAAACGGACAAAUAUGGAGUCAUGGUUAGUGUUUGGACUGUCGACGGCCGCUUUAAGAGUGAUUGGAACAACACUAUUGUGCAGAAAGAAUUCAGUUAUAGUGAAGCGAUAGACUUAGCAGGAACCGGCCGUUACACCAUCGGUCUGGUGGCCACCACCAGUCUGGCGCUGCUGGCGAUGUCGGUGGACAUGUUCAGCUUCUCCACCGUGGUGGCGCUGGCGAGCUGCGACUUCUAUCUCACGCAUGCGCAGACACAGGUGUUGUUGAGUAUACCGUUUCUUGGACCGAUUAUAAUGGCGUAUACGUGGGGCUACGUGUCGGACACAACAGGGCGUCGGCGCAGCCUGCUGGUGGGCAUGUCAGUAAGCUUCUGUAUGUCAGUGUUGUGUGCCUUCGCCCCCAACUGGAUCGCGCUGGCUAUCUUCAAGCUUAUCGGGACUUGCUUUUGCAGUUGUGCCCAGUCAGUAGUGUAUGCACUGCUCGGCGAGUCCUGUUCUGAGCGGAUGAAAGGCACCUUCCUGCUCAUCAUGACCAGCGUCAUCCACCUCGGCAUGGGAUCAUACUUCGGACUGGCCUACUUGAUCGGCUACCUGGAGUUUUCCAUCAACCUGGGUUUCAUCUCGUUCGUGUCGUGGAGGCUCUACGUACUACUCCUGGCUCUGCCUCUGGGCCUCAGCGCGGUCUCUCUGCUGUUCUUCUAUGAGAGCCCCAAGUUCCUUCUCAAUGUUGGGAGGGAGAACGAAGCCUUGCAGGUUUUAGAGAUGAUCUGCAAGCGGAAUCGUGGAGGAUAUUAUCCGGUAAAGAAAGUGGUACUCGAAGAGGACGGGAAUGUGGCGCAGAAGACCUUGCCGCUGCUGUCUUCGCUGUGGCAGCAGACCGCGCCGCUGUUCAGGCCGCCAUUGCUGCCCAGAACUGUGCUGCUGUACUGUCUCAUCUUCAUCGUUUACAGCACAAGCAGUUGCCUGUUUGUAUGGCUGCCGUUUCUGGCGAACGACUUUUCUCGGGCUAUCAGUUCCUCCAGCGAUGAACAUUCCGGGAUCUGCUACGUCAUUGCCCAGGGAGAAGAGGCCGGGUUGAAUAAUGGAGUGGAGUGCACAUCGAAAAUCGGCUUACCUGUUGUCAUAUUCUCCGUGUCAGUUAGCCUCAUAUUCGCCUUUCUCAACAUCCUCAUGUCAAGACUGGCUGCGAGGAAGAAGACCCUCAUGCUGGUCAUCCUGUCCUCCUCCACCGCCUGCUGCUUCGGAGCUAUGUACAUCCCUGAUAACUUGACCAGCCUUAUCAUGUACUUCGGGAUAGCAGCUGAUAGUCUCUGUAUGGGAAUCGUGUUUACAUACUGCGUUGAUUUUUAUCCUACUUCAUUUCGUGGCAUGGGGACGUGCCUGGGCGUGAUGGUGGCGCGUAUCAGCAGCAUCUUCGGCGUCAACCUCGUCGGCUCUUACAUCACAUGGCACUGCGCACGCGCCUUCUACGCGCUCACUGCGUUGAUCUCCAGUGGUGUGGUGCUGGCAAGUCUUCUACCUUCAGAUGGCGUGAAGAAAAUAUAACAAUAGGGAUGGCAUAAAAUCUGACCGAAUCUGUAAAUAAUUAUACUUAAUUAAUUAAAAUAGAAUAUAACAUUAUUUGCGUAUAUAAGUUACAUGGUAGUUAGGAAAAAAUUAAGGGAAGGGAGGAAGGGGUAGACCUAGGAGAACAUUUAUGAAACAAAUAAAAUAGAAGGUGCAGGUCGUGUCGUAUCGGGAGGUGAAGGUUUUGGCGGGAAGAAGAGAGGAAUGGCGAUUACUCCACCGACAAGAGCGCAGCUCUUAAAUAAAGAGAGAGAGA